GCUUCCUUUACUGCAGCUUGGAGCCGCUUCCCUGACUAGCAUUCAUUUAUACCUGCACUCCAAGUGGUGCCCUCUCACAUUCUCUUCAUUUUAUUCUCCUGUAGACUCAUUCCUUCCAUCAAUAUAUUUCACGGCACUUUUCUCCUCUACCUUCUAAUCUGUUGAACUGUUACAUAUGUAAAUAGAGUGAGCAGAGUCAUCUAGCAGGGAAGUGAAGAAAUGACAGACUGUGAAGAAGACGAGAGGACUAGAUGGUCUAUGGCAGAUGACCUUGCUGCUGCAGCAAUGGCUGCUGACAUGGACCCUUGGAUUAUCUUUGAUGCUCGUAAGACACCUCGAGCAGAGUUUGAGGAAUGGUUGGAAACUUACCGACCCUCCAAGGUCCCCCGUUUUGGAAACCCUCAUGAAGGGUGUGGACCAGUGGGGUGGAUUAACGUGUGUGGCCCUGGCUACGGCCCCGAUGUAAAAUGUGGCAAGGACCUUCAAGAUGCUUGGGACAAGCUUCAAAAUACAGGAUGGAAUAUAAACUAUGAGUGUGUUCGAGAACUGGCUCUUAAUUUUGGUGUUACAUCCGGGAAAUGGCUUAUGCAUUUAGAAACGGGAUUCAAAGUAGAUCAUGCCUGGCGUGGUAUAGCUACAGCAGUAGUUGAUGGACACCUUAGUGUUGCCAAAGUUAGCCCCUUUCAGCCAGAUACUAAACAUGUCAUUUGUGUGUAUACUCAGGAUUUCACUGAUGAAGAGAGCAUCAUGCAGACAGAUGCAGUCAUUCGCAGCUCUGGUAUCAAAUGUCUCUUAGCAUACAAGCCAGAUAUCUACACCUAUUUAGGUAUUUAUAGAAAAAACCAAUGGAACAUAUGCCCCACCAUCUAUGAAAGUCGAUAUGACCUGGAGUGUAUCCCUCGCCGAUCAAGAGUCACCAAUAAAAUUACUAACUUAGAAGUAACCUAAAAUAAUAUUUCUUUAAAUUAUUACAUUACUUGCCAAUUUGUUUUUUGAUGUUUUGGAUUAUUUUAUUUACGCAUGGAAGGUUUGCACUCUAGUGCAAUCUCUACUGUAUACUUUGCAUUGCUUUCUAUGCAUGUAUUUAUAACUAAUUGUAUGUGCAUAUGGUAUCCCAAUCCCCCCCACUACCCCAUUCAUGUGUACGUGAGUGUAUUUGUAAAUAGAAUUGUAUUUCUGUAAUAUAUACAAAAAGAAACCGGUAAAAAAUACUAUUGGACUUUUUAAAGAAAA